CUGGCUCCGGUUUCGUUUUCUUGUCCAGGUAUUUUGAAAAACAAAAAACGUGACCCGUCACCCUAUGUGCACCUUCCACUAGAUGUUAGAAUAAAAGCAAGGCGAAAUCUGAAGGAACCCGGCGAGAUUAAAAUUUUUAUCGGCAAACUUGCUGGAUCAUUUCAUAUCUUCCGAUCGGAAAUGGCGACGAAGCCACUGCAGAUCGCCAUCUUGGGCGCUGGUACAUUUGUGAGGACUCAGUACAUUCCCAGACUCUCUGAGAUCCCUGAUCUCGUUCUUGUAAAAGCCAUAUGGAGCCGUACCGAGGAAUCAGCAAGAUGUGCAGUUGAAAUAGCUCAGAAACAUUUUCCUGGGUUGGAAUGCAAGUGGGGAGAUGGGGGUCUUGAUGAGAUUAUCCAAGAUGCAUCAGUAACUGCAGUUGCUGUGGUAUUGGCUGGGCAAACUCAGGUUGACAUCUCGCUAAGGGUGCUAAGGGCUGGAAAACACGUGCUCCAAGAGAAACCAGCGGCAGCUUGUACAAGUGAGUUGGAAACUGCAAUACAUAACUACAAAUCUAUUUCUGCUGAUGUUCCUAGCAAUUUAAUUUGGGCUGUGGCUGAAAAUUACCGGUUUGAGCCUGGAUUUGUGGAGAGCAAGAAACUAGUAGCCGAAAUUGGGAAAAUGAUGAACGUCCAAGUUAUCAUUGAAGGAUCAAUGAACAGUUCAAAUCCUUAUUUCUCAAGCUCUUGGAGACGAAAUUUCAAUGGAGGUUUCAUUCUCGAUAUGGGUGUGCAUUAUGUAGCGGGGUUGAGAAUGCUUGUUGGCUGUGAGGUACUUUCAGUUGCAGCUAUGACAUCUCAUGUGGAUACGAGCUUGCCUCCGCCAGAUAAUAUAUCAUGUGUCUUUCAUCUGGAGAAUGGAUGUUCAGGAGUAUUUGUAAUGGUUGUCUCCUCAAGUUCGCCCAAGAUAUUGUGGAGAGUUGUUGGCAUCAACGGAACUGUGCAAAUUGAGCGAGGAUUUCAAGGACGACAUGGUUACCUUAUCACAUUUUAUGGUGCUGAUGGACAAAGCAAAAGCUCAUUCUUCCCAUUCAGUGGGGUGACUGAAGAAUUUAAAGCUUUUAUCAAUGAUGUUUCUCAGAGCACCCUUAAGAAGGAAAGUCAGUUUGAAGCUGAACCCCGCCUCUCUUUCGCCGAAGGUGCCAGAGAUGUUGCUGUCUUAGAGGCCAUGCUCGAAUCUGGAGCGAGGCAAGGGGCACUGGUUCAUGUGAAAAAGUUCUGAGAUUAUCAUAUGGAAUUCUUUUGUGUUGUCAAAUGAUACAGUUACUGCCAAAUUCUUUUUUUCUGUGUCGGUUUUGAACGUUUGAGCUUAGAAAAACAUUAUAGAUGAAUAAACUGGUGUGAAGUGAAUUGCUCGGCUCAUUAUCAUUGGAUGAAAAUUUCGAUGAUGCUAUUUAUAUUUUCAAAUAAAAUAUUUAAUCAACUGGUGUUAA